UUUGCCUUUUCUCUCUUUAUCUCGCUUCCAUUUCUUUUCAAAAGUGGGGCCCAUGCAAAAGGGCAGGCGAGGCGAACGAUAUCAGAUAACGAGGUGGCGGAAGUAAAAAUAUAAAAUAGUAGUGGAGAGAAAUAAAGAAGAGGGCGAAAGCGCCCAAGGCCAAAGAGAGGAGAGGAUUUUUUUUUUUUGACAUCGAGGAGAGGAAAGAUUUGGAGAUAGAUAGAGAGAGAGUGAAUGGGAGAAACGGGAGGGGCGAUGGGGAAACAAUGCAUUUGUUGAGCCCACGGCUUUGGCAGCCAUUCAAUGCUCCACCAAACGCUCAUCCCUUCUUCCUUUCCUCCCUCCCCCUCCGUCCCCGCCCCGGGUUCCUCCGCCUUCCUGCGCGGCUCCGCCAUGCCUUCCUACGCGCACCACCAUAGCCCUCUGAAGGAUGUGAGGACGGACGCGCUGAAGAGUAGCUUCCCGCCGGAGGAGAUGGCUGAGGAGGCCGCCGCCGCCGCUGCGGCGCUGGUUGAGAGGGACGGGUUCUCGAUCGAGGACCUUCUGGACCUCGAGGAGUUCGGCGAGGCUGACAAGGACGAGGAGAAGUCGAACGAGGACUCCCAGCCGUCGUCGGUUGUGUCGUACGAGCUCCCGCCGCCGCCGCCGGAGAUGGUUGACCUGCCGGCGCAUGACGUCGAGGAGUUGGAGUGGGUGUCCCGCAUCAUGGACGACUCCCUCUCCGAGCCCCCCCCGCCGCCGCAGCCCCCUGCGGUGGUCGUGGUGUCGCUAUCAGCGCGCCCUCCGCUGGCGCAGCGGCGGCUGCACGACGGCACGUACGGGGCGCUGCCGCAGGCCCCGCCGCCCGGCCCGCUGCGGACCCCGACCAUCUGCGCGCUGUCGACGGAGGCGCUGGUGCCGGUCAAGGCGAUGCGCAGCAAGCGCUCGCGGGGUCCGGGGUGGUCGCUGUCCGGCGCUUCGUUCUUGUCCGACUCGACAUCGUCGUCUUCAACUACGACGACCUCUUCGUGCUCCUCGUCCGGUUCGUUCUCGCCGUUCUUCCGGUGGGAUUCGGCCCCGCUCGGCGGCCUGGACCUCGCCGAGGGGUACCACCACCACCUCCUGCCCCAGCCGCCAUCCAAGAUGUCCAAGCACGGCAAGGGCAGCAAGCACAAGCCCAAGAAGCGCGGGCGCAAGCCGAAGCAUCUGCCUCCCCAUCCCUCCGGCGCCGGGCCGGCCGGCUCCCAACCCGCGCCGGGCGACCGUCGCUGCAGCCACUGCGGCGUCCAGAAGACCCCGCAGUGGCGCGCGGGGCCGGAGGGCGCCAAGACUUUGUGCAAUGCGUGCGGCGUCCGUUACAAGUCCGGCCGGCUCCUCCCCGAGUACCGCCCGGCGUGCAGCCCCACCUUCGUUAGCAGCAUCCACUCCAACUCCCACCGCAAGGUGCUCGAGAUGCGCCGCAAGAAGGAGGACGGCAUCCUCGCCACCGCCGCGCCGGCCGUCGCGUCGUUCUAGCUGCUGUUUGCCUGGCCACCCAGCGGUGGCUGUACAUUUUUCCGGCCGUAUUAGCCUUCUAGAAUUAUCGUCCUAGUCCCGGAUAGAUUAAUUAGAGUUUAGGAUUUUAAUUAGGCCCCGUUAGGUUUAGCUUUGGUUCCGGCGCUCCUCCUUGAGCUUUAGUUGGAUAGGGUUCUACUGCGCCAGCAGCCGCGCAGCUCUAGCUCAGAACUUAAAUUUCUAGCAUUUCUAAAGGGAGUUUUUUUAUCUUCUUUCUUUCUCUGAGCGCUGUAUAGCUUGUUUGGUCCAUCAAUGGCGGUGCACUUGGCACCGGAAAGGAGGAUGAGACUGAUCGAUCGGAUGCGGAAGAAGGGUGCACUUGCACUGUCUGUAGCAGGUGCAUGUUUACAUCACACGGUGUUGUCACCUGUAACAACAUGGUAUGCUUUGUUUGGA